AUGAACCUCAGCUCUGAGUCUUUGGUAGAGUUUAUUCUGCAUUGUGAAAUUGACGCCCAGCAGAAAAGCUACACAACUCCCAUCUUGAUGAUGAUCUAUUUGGUGACGCUUUUUGGAAACUUCCUCGUAAUCCUCGUCAUCUUAACAAAUCAUCAUUUGCAAAAACCAAUGUAUAUUUGUAUUGCCACCCUAGCCGUAAUCGACCUGCUGAACAGUACCAACCUCAUUCCCAAGAUUGUUGCCGUUCUUUUAGACUCGGUCGCUAUCACGUACGGAGCCUGCUUUGUUCAGAUGCUCUUGGUGUUGUAUUUGGAAGGCGUGGAGUCUCUUCUCUUGGCUCUCAUGGCGUGUGACCGCUUUGUAGCUGUUGUGUUUCCACUUCGAUAUCCAUCACUUGUUACAAAUAAAGUAAUCAGGAAUGUGAUCAUCUUUCUGCAUUUUGUUAUGGUAAUAUUUGUUAUGCCGUAUAUCAUAUACAUGAUGGACCUUGCUUUUUGUAAAUCUAACGUUUUGAAUUAUUGUUUCUGUGACUAUAUCACAAUGGUGAAAAUAGCUUGCAAUGAAGAUCCCAAAUAUCUGAUUAUUUUGCCCAUCACUUGCAUUAUUUUGGGCGUUUGUCCCUUUGCAUUUAUUGUACUGUCUUACAUGAUCAUUGCUUAUGCUGCUUUGAAAAUAUCAUCUGUUGACGGAAAGAGAAAAGCCUUUAAUACAAUCUCAACUCACUUGCUUGUAGUAGGACUAUUCCAUGUACCACUUUUAACCUCUUAUAUCCUGACUGGAACAGGGGUGAAGCUCUCUACCGAAGCUUACAAUACCAUGGUCAUUGUAGGCAAUAUUGUGCCCCCAAUGUUGAACCCAUUAAUAUACAGCUUCAGAAAUAAAGAGAUAAAAAAUAGCAUUUACAGAUUUUUUAAAGGCACUAAAACCACCCCUGAAAUCAAUCAUCAUUAG